CAAAAAUAAUCAUUUAAAGUGAGAGAUUAUCGCGUUGAUGAUUCGUAGUUGUAAUGUCAAAGUUCUAUUUGGCUAUGGCGGUUCUUUUGGACGAAUUCAACGUAUUCAUAUUCAACAAUUAUGGUCACAAAUGUUGGAAUAUAUUCUUGCCAUACGACAAUCUACUAAUCAUCAUUAUUCAUCACAACAAUUAUAUCAAGUCUCAUUGGCUACGAUACUGAAUGAAUUCGCACAAUUAAAAAUUCAACAUGAUCAAAUGAUUGGUAAAUGUGAACGUUUAGAAUUACAAUUAGAACAGGCUAAUUGUCGUGCAGAAUUUUUAGCACAAGAAGUUGAUGAACAACAUUUACGUUUAGAGAAUGCAUCGAAUACAAAAUUGGCUACAUUGGAGAAAAAAUAUCAAGAUCAAAUCAAAUUAUUGGAAAUGGAUUUUUCACGUGAAAAAGAAAUUAUGAUCAUACAAUCAAACCAUCUGCGACAAGAUAUUGAUAAACAAAUGAACACUGUUAAAGAACAAUUAUCAAAAUUUCGUUCAAAUAUUAAAAUAUUGGAAGAGGAAAAUAAACGUCUGGAAAAUGAUUGUCAGCUAAUAAAAUGUCAGAAUAGUGAAUUGAUAAAAAAUUUCAUGGAUAUACAACGUCAUGUUGAAGAAUCGGAUCAUUUAAAUGCAAAAAUUGCCGAAUUAGAAUCAAUGGAAAAUGCACAGGAUCGUAAAAAUAUUGAACAAUUAAUGAAUGAAAUGGAAAAAUUAAAAGAACAGAACAAGCGAUUACAAGAUCAGAAUGAUGAAUUGUUAAUAGAAAAAGAAUCGUUAAGACAACAGCUGGCUACAUUUAUUUUGGCCUCAUACCAACAUCAACAACAACAGAAUUCGAACCAACAAACAAGUCAACAACAACAACAAACGUUAUUAACAACAACAACAGCAGCAAAUCAAUCAUCGAUCUUUUCAUCAUCAUCAUUUACACCAGAAUCAAUUAUAAUGGCUCCUACUGAUGAAAUAAUGAUGAUGAUAGAGUCUGGUGGUAUAUUGCCUAAAUUCCCUUCGAUUACAACAACAACUGGACGAAGUAAAAAAAGAAAAAGACGUCGUCGUAGAAAAAAGAAUAAAAAUAAAACUAUUACACCGAAUAAUAAUGAUAAUGAACAGAUAGAAAUGAAUACAACAGUCAAUGUGCAAAUCGAUAAUAAUAAUAACAACGACAUGAACCAUAAUCAUGAUGAUAAGGAUAAAAAACAAGAUAAUAUCGUUGAUACAUCAAUGUCUAGUGACAAUAUUUCAACGAAAACUAAUCCUAAAACUGAAAUAAAACCAAUGAUGAAUAAUACUGGACGACUAACGGAAGAAGAUCAAUCAUCAACAUUUUCAACAAUAACGACACAUGGUGAUGAUUUUGAUGAAGAUGAUGAUUUGGAUAUGGAUGACGAUAUGGAUAUUGAAGAUGAUUAUGAUGAUUUUCAUCAACAGACGGAGUUAGUAUCGUCAUGGACAUUUAAACAACGGCAUAAACGAAUCAAACAACCAAAUUCAAAUAUGUAUGAAGAAGCCGUUGAGGAAGAAGGAAAACUUGAUGAUCUCGAUGAUAAUGAUGAUGAUGAGGAUGAUGAUGAAGAUAAUCUACAAACUUUGAUACAAAAUCAUCCAUCAACAACAUAUAUACGUAGUUUAUCUGAUGAAAUAAAUUUCGAUCGUAGUCGACCAAUUUUUGCCAAUCAACCUGAUCAAUCAUCAUUGGAAAAAAAUUUACAAAUGAUUCUAAAUCAAAUUAUUCAAGAUAAUCAUUCAAUCAAAGAAAAUAAUGAUGAUUUUUCAUCACGUAUUUUCAAUGAUAAUGAUAAUGAAAUGAUUUUAAAACGAGCAUUACGACGUAUUGAAAAUGCAUUGAAACAAAUCGAUAAUAAUAAUAAUUCCAAUGAUGAUCAAUUGAUGGUGGUGGAUAAACAACAAUCAUCAUCAAUAUCACAAUUUGAUCACAAUAAUAAUCCUAAUCCCUGA